GGGAAGCAGGGACUCGGCUGUAGAAAAUGCAUGUAAAUAAAUUGUAAAUUAAAUACAUAGUUCUCUCUAUUACAUAGUUGCAAGAACAUGCUUUAAUAUUAAAAUUGUAUCAAGAGAUAAUAAUAAGCAGUGAAAACAAUGGCAGUGUCCAACAUUUAUUUGCAUUGCUUAGUUGGUUUUUUUAUAAGGCUCUUACUUGUAAUAUAUGGUGAAGUUCAUGACAAACUUUAUGUUGUCCAAUAUACAGAUAUAGAUUACCAUGUCUUCACAGAUGCUGCACAUCAUAUAGUUUCAGGACGGUCCCCAUAUGACAGACAUACCUACCGAUAUACACCUCUGUUAGCAGCAUUUUUAGUUCCAAAUGUUUUGUUUCACCCAGCAUUUGGAAAGGUUUUGUUUUCAUUUAUUGAUAUUGUUGUUGCAUAUAUCAUUCACCGAUUGCUUCUGACUAAGGGAUGUAGUCAAACUAUUGCUAUUAAUUGCUCACUAAUGUGGCUCUACAAUCCAUUUCCCAUAGUUAUUUGUACUCGGGGGAAUGCAGAUGCAAUUUCAGCUGCUCUGGUCUUGGCAUCAUUAUUGUCUGUGCAGAAGGGCUGUAGCAUUAUGACUGGAAUAAUUCAUGCAAUUGCGACCCAUGUUAGACUAUAUCCUCUUGUAUUUACAUUACCUAUUUAUAUAUCUGUAAAGGGUGAUUCUGCUUCUCAGGAGGAGAAGCAGACGUCUCUAGGAAAAGUAUUUUCAAUGCUUUUUCCAGACAGGCAACAGUUGAAAUUUGCAGUUUCAUUUGUUGUUGUAUUAGCAGUAACAACAUUAUUCUUUUACUGGUUAUACGGUUACCAGUUCCUUCAUGAAAGUUUUCUGUACCACAUUGCUCGUCGUGAUACACGUCAUAAUUUUUCAGUCUAUUUCUAUAUGCUGUACUUGACUUCUGAUGUACCACUUCCACUUUGGCAAAGAAUUUUUGUUGUUUUUCCGCAAUUUGUGUUAUUGAUAGUACUCUCAUUUGUUUAUGGGUCCAGGAAAGACCUUGAUUUCUGUGUUUUGGCCCAGACAAUUGUGAUGGUAACGUAUAAUACUGUUGUUACGUCACAAUAUUUUAUAUGGUUCUUAUCUGUGUUACCUGUCUGUGUGCCUUUCAUAGCAAUACCGAGCAAGCAAGCUGCUACUUUUUUUGUCCUUUGGAUUUCUGCACAAAUUGCCUGGCUUCUUCCAGCAUAUUUGUUAGAGUUUCAAGGUCGUGACACUUUUAUGUAUGUUUGGCUUCAAGGUAUUGCAUUUUUCUCAAUCAACAUUACUGUUCUAGUAAGAUUUGUACAAACAUAUAAGUCCUGUUGCCAUAGUAAGUUGAAAAGUAUUUAGUAUGUAUCAGUGCCAAUAAAUAGCUGGCUUAUGGAAUUAAUACUAUAUGUUUGAAAUUUGAAUUGUGUGAACCUGAUUAAACAGUACAGUGAAACCUCUAUAUAACGUUUUUCAAGGGACCACAAAUUCUGAACACUGUAUAGAGGAAAACACUAUAAAGAGGAAGGCUUCAAAUUAAUAAUUAUAGGGCAUUACUGAAGAUCAGGAUACCACUAAUCAGCUUCGACAAAUGGUGCCAUAGACGACAUUUUAAAUUUUCACAACACUAUAAUAUGAUAUUCAUUGCAAAUGAUCAAUGUAUCAAAUGAUUAGUGUUUUGUAAUUAAAACAUAGGGCCUGGUAGGUGAAUGGGUGAAAUUAAAUUGAUCAGUUUGUACUGUAAAAAGUUAUAACAGAUUCUUAAGAUAUGACAUCAUUGUCCAAAGCUGACAGGUGGUAUCCCAUUCUUCAGUUGACCCAAUUAUAGAAUAUGAGCCAAAUUUUGUUUAUGAUAUACUGAACAUAUUACAUAAAAACACAGUAAAUGAUACAGAUUAAAAAAAGUUAAGUUACAAAAAAAUAACUUUAAUAAUUAAAUUAUGAAAUGGAACUUAAAUUUGCACAAAACUCUAGGAACCUAUGCAAUCUGAAACCCCAUACCUAUGAUUUUUUAAAAUAUUCAAGCAAGCAUGUUUGUUUUCUAUUUCUCCUAGACUCUACGGCAAUCAUUUCUUGCUCCAAAUGAGCAAGUUGGAACUACUCUUCUGUCCUCAUGUCUAUGGGCCAUUAUAUAUCUCCUGAAUGUUUCAAAGGCUUCAGCUGCCUUAGUAUAUGAGGGAACAGGGUCAUCUUCCUUGUCACUGUCACUUUCAUUACCACUGUUAUUCUUCAAGCUUCUCUCUGCAGUCAGCUCCUCAAUACUUUGUACUCCUGUGGUUGCCACGUUGUCAUCCACAGACAUAAAGUCCUCAAAAGUGACAGAAUCACUGCCUAUUAAUUCCUGAAACUCUUGCAAAUCGCCUGCAACAUCUUCCACAGGAGCUAGCUGCCAUCUCAUUCUGACAGAAUCCCGCUUUUGUGAAACAGUUUUUAAUAGUUUCAACACUGACUUCCCUCCAUGAGUGCAUAAUUAAAUUCAUUGCCUGUAAAACAUUCAGCUUCACUUGUGAGCUCUGCUGGCUUCCCGGUUUUCUUUGGUCAAAGCCUUUUUUACAAGGGCUGCCCUAUAUUUAACCUUAAGGGCUUGUGUUAUUCCCAAGUCCAAAGGUUGCAUAUGGCUGGUGCAGUUGGGUGGCAGGAAUAUUACUUUCACAUUUCUCAGAAAGGAUACGUCUGGUGGAUGUGCCGCACAUCUAUCCACAAACAGCAGCACUUUUCUUGCAGCACUCCCCAUUUUGGCAUCAAAUUCUCUGAAACCAAGUUAAUAAAAGUUCCUCCAUUUCAUUGUAAGUCAAUGGUUUCAAAUGCAUGUGUUUCGAAUUUCCACAAUUCUCAAACUCUUCCAUUAUCGAUGAUCUGUUUUUCAUAAUAGUGUUGAGUGGGCCAGUUCAAACUGCUUCGCUAGCUCCACACUACCCACACCAGGAGAUGCCCCCACUUUUUUAAUAACAGUAACCUUCUCUUCCAGAGAAAUGUUCUUCCACUUUUCACUCGUGUCCACUGAUGAAAGCUUAAAAAAAAAAAAAAAAAAAAAAAUUAUAUCGAAGACACACU